UACCAGGGGUAUAAAUUGCGCGCAGAAAGAUACGCAGAAAUUGUAUGCCAAGCCGGCAAGCAGCUCUUCCUUAAAGCAACGUCGUACUACCAUAUUUCGUGUCGUUUGACUCAUUUCCCUCAAGUGAGAGCGUCGGCUCGCUCGCGCAUCCAACCGACAAUCCGCCAUGGAUGAUACCGAAGUAAAAUCCCCGAAUCCAUCUCACCUUCAUAUGUGUUUGAUCUGUACUUAACGAUCUGAAUACAUGUAGAGAAUGGAGGAGGCAUUGAAAGCGGCAUACGCGGAGGUCAUUCUGAACACUAUGAAGGAGGCAGCAGCCCGAGUGAUGGGAUCGGAGCAAAAAGCUCGCCGCUUGGAGAAGGAUCUCCAAUCCACCAAGGACGAGUCAAUUCGAUUGCUCCUCCGAUUGAAACUCAUGGCAGAUGCUAAGGUAAACGAGGCUGAAACUUCGUCCAUGAAUCAGCAAAGAAGGAUUGAUGAGCUAGAAGCUCAGCUCAAUGAAGCUGAAGGUCUUGUAUUAGAGCUCAGAGAAGAACUUAAUACCGUAAGGGAGGAAUUUGAUGAAACAAAGAAGGAGAAGAAUAAAAAGAAGAAGAAUGUCAAGGAUGAUCCUGUUUUAGGCUCUAUGAUAAUGAAAUGCAAAGAGGCUGUGAUGUGCCGAAGUCGGUUCACCCAAAGGAUUUGUGCAGUAGAGACGAGCUCACCAGACGUGAACUCGAACACCGGAGAUGAUCCAUGCUUUGCUGUAAAUAUUAAACCGGUCAGAGAAUGUGAUGAAACAAAGAAAACUGAGAAUCAUAUAGGUCAGGCUGGAGUUGGACUGAUUCAAGGGAGUGUUAAAAAGAACAGGCCCGCGGGUUUCCAUGGAGAAAUUAAAAGAAGAAAAAGUCAUCAUGGAGAAAAAGUGCAGAAAAACGAUGGUCAGUCUUUCCUGGUUCGCAGAAGCGUCAGGAAGAGAAAAAUCAAGUACUGGGAUGAUAAUGCUUCUGUGUGGAGGUCUCAUGACUAUCACUCUAAUCAGUCAAGGAAACAUUCCCGGCCAUGUAGCAUGCCCAGACCAGUGAAGUGCAAUGUCAAGUCCAGUGAAGACUAUAUGGAACCAAAUAGUGUUCCUGAGGUUAAGGAUCACGUGCACAAGUUGGACACAGAACCAUAUGUGACUGACAAUGAAUCUGAGAAGGCAUCUCAAAGAAGCUAUAUGACUUCAGAUCAAGCCGAUGCAGAGGGGCAACUCAGGUACACAUUCUUUAGGAAGAGAAAGAAGGAUUCUUUAACCAAUCCAAACGAAAACUCUUCUGGAGAGAAACUAUAUACUCAUGUGACACGGCAGGAUUCUAGUGUGAUUGGCAACGAAUCACCGAGGAAAAACAGACAACUGGUGCAGGUUGCUAACCAGCUUAUUUCAUUGUCUGGCAAGCUGUCAUAAAGUAGUGUGAAGGAAUUUAUUCGAACUGAUGGGAUGUGAUGAAACAACUGUGUCAAAAAGAUGAUUGGACACAUUUGAGCCUGUUGUCUUUUGGGAUGGUGCACCAGCUUGCGUAAGUUAAUGUUUUGCGUUUAUGUAAUGUAACACUCUUUGUGCAUAAUGGGGCGCUCUGAUUAUUUGUUUUUUUUUGUGAUCUUUAUUCUUCAAAUAAGUUUCUCUAUAAAAUACAUACAUGAAGUGGUUUUAUAGCUAGUGAGCUGAACACAGCUUUUUCCCGGCAUCCUAAUGUCAAUCCUGAGUAGGUGUGGUCCCCAAUUGCAAUAACAUUUACUGGAACCGGUUUGAUUCCGACUGCGCCUUUACAAAUUGUUCCGCAUCUAGUUUGAACCGCAUUUGUUUUGCUAAAUGAGGACUGGAAGCGGAUGAAUCUGGGCCUCUUUCAGAUUAACUGGAAUGGAUUUAUACUUAUGAUGGUACCUGUUCCUGAUUGGAAUUUCGACCAGUUCCAGUCUGAUUCGGGUAUGGAACCUGGGUUGUAUCCACCCAUGCUCCUGAGUACAUUUCAGUGUAUUUUACAAACAUGAUCUGAACUGGAUGUUGGUUCAAAGUGGCAUUGCAAUACAGGGUCGUUAAAGCAAUUCUCGCCUUUUUUUUUUGAAUGCAAAUUUAGUUUGAAUAAAAAUUAAAAAUCACUUGACUUCUAAAGUUGUGUUGCUGCUAAAUAGUGAACUGUUGAAGGAAAGCAGUGAUAUGCUCUUCUCAAUUCAUAGACAAACCAUUCAAUCAACAAUCAACAUUAACUCAGCAAGUAUAGAAUCAAUUGCCUAGUUUGAUUGAUACACAAUUGUAAUGAGGUAUGGGUCAGUUUGGUCCUCGAAGUUGCAUAAAAGGGGUCAAAUAAGUCCUUAUAACGUCUUUACUGUCCGGCCGUCGCCAUUUGGGGAAGUUCCCGGUAGAAUUUUUUAAUGAAAUUUUUUGAGCAUCUUAUUCAUUAAGUCUAGUUUACUCAUACCAAAAUUCAGCCAAAACUUAAAUCGGGAAAGCAUUCAAAUGAAGUCUUCAACAUAACUGCGCUUUUAACUGCGCAGUUAUCUUCAAGACUUCAUUUGAAUGCCUUCCCGAUUUAAGUUUUAUCUGAAAUUUGGUAUGAGUAAACUAGACUUAAUGAAUAAGAUGCUCAAAAAAUUUUAUCAAAAAACUACACUGGAAACCGCCCCAAAUGACGACUCCCGGACAGUAAGGACGUUAUAAGGACUUAUUUGACCCCUUUUAUGCAACUUCGAGGACCAAACUGACCCUUACCUCCAAUUGUAAUAGUCAUUAUCUUGACAGUUUUUGCAUCUAUUUUUAAUUACAGUCCCACACAUUAUCAAAAUUGCUAUUGUAUUCUCCGGUUCUACCUUACCAAUCUUUCACGAGUGCAGCACCAAUACAGCACCAACAUUAUCAAUUCAAUUAACAAGACCGGAUUAGUACACCAUAUUGCCUCGUCCAAUCUAUAUAAACCAAUCUUUUAUUUGUUGAAUUUGCCUCUUCUAGUGCUCAGAUUGGAUGUAUGUUACAUCCCAUAGCAUUUUGUCAUUUUUUGUCACCUCUUGUUCAUGCAUCUUUUACAGUGGUCAUUUUUUUAUUGCAAGUUACGCCUUCAUUGCAUUCACUGCAGCAACCUUCCAGGUAGACUCCCUCCUGCUCUGCAUGGCCUACUUAUAUUUUCAGCCUCUUCACCAUGACCAUGACGGCAUGACCUACAAGGCCCAUUCCAUGUACCGAGCUGUGAUUAGGAGCUUCUCAGACUCGGCAUGGAAGGAGGGAUGGCCGAUAUCUCUUUCUUAUGACGCUUCAAGGUGCGAAUCAGGGUGCAACAGAGGAAGGAAGAAGGGUGAGCUGAAAAGGAACCAACUUACAUGGAAUUGGAGUAUUCGACGAUGUGAGCUCCCUUCUAUAGUAACCCGUUAAGGAGCAACACAGAUCGGAACCAAUUUUCAGUUUAAUAUGAAGCGGAUUUAAAAAUUGUAAAUUUGAAAUUGGAUUGGGUACAUAAGUCGUUUAUAUUUAGAAACAGUUAAAAAAAAUACGUAGUUUAUACAGAAACACUACAAAAAAAG